AUGAAGUUCGUUCUCGCUCUCACCACCCUCGCCGCUGUUGCCUCCGCCCAGCAGGUUAAGGCCUGCGACGGCAAGGCCCAGGCCUGUCUCGACACCGCCACCCCUGCCGCCAGCGAUUGCAAGCAGGGUGACUGGUACUGCGGUUGCCAGCCCGACAACAUGUCCAAGAUCCAGGGCGCCGCCACCAACUGCGUGAUUGAGGCCUGCGGUGGUGCCGCCGGUGCCCUCGCCGUCAUCACUGAGGUCCAGGGUAUCUGCGAGGAGGCCCUCAAGAACCCCCCCAAGACUGACGAGCCCGCCCCCACCUCCAACACCCCCGAGCCCACCGAGUCCUCCAAGGCUCCUGAGCAGCCCACUGAGUCCUCCAAGGCCCCAGAGGAGCCUGAGCCCACCGCUUCCGGCACCGCCUCCGCCGAGCCCUCCGCCACCGGCAACGGCACCUCCACCGACAAGCCCAAGCCCACUGGCGAGAACCCUCCCCAGUCCUCCUUCCCCACCGCCGGCGCCGGCUCCAUCGCUCCCGUCGCGGCUCUCGUCCUCGGCCUCUUCGCUUUCGCCCUCUAA